GCGGCUGACACACCCCUUUUCUCUCUUCACCAAGAAAACAGGCGCCCCUCGACCCUCUCCCCCCUUUGUUUCACUCUCCCAUUCUAUCUCUUCCUUCUUUUUCACUCUAUUUGACUUUAAAAUACUUCUAUAAUUUCUCAUUUAAGAGUACAUAGAACGGUAGCUACAGAUCUCUGACAAUGACCCUAAUGAUUACCCAACAAAUAUGCAUCUAUACCCGCACAUAUAACGCUAGCAAUAAUCCAAUACAGGCCUUUCCCAUCUGGAUUUUUGGUAAUUUUUUGGGUUUCGAACGCCAUGGACAUCAGAGGAUGGAGGAACAAGGAAGCCCUAUUGAGGGCACUGUAUGCACUGUUUCUGGGUCAGGUUGUUUCUUUCCUAAUGGCCAUCAUGGGCUUCACUGCAUCUUUUAUUGCCGAACUUGGUGUAGAUACGCCACUUACUCUGUCAUUCUUCUCUUAUCUGGCUUUGGCUUUGGUGUAUGGAAGCAUCUUGCUAUAUAGGCGUCAAAAACUACGGGUACCUUGGUAUUGGUAUGUACUCUUGGGUUUUGUCGAUGUCCAAGGCAAUUAUCUUGUUAAUAAAGCAUUUGAGUACUCGUCAAUUACAAGUGUGACCUUAUUGGAUUGUUGGACGGUAGCAUGGGUCAUUAUCCUUACUUGGUAUUUUCUGGGCACGCGAUAUUCGCUGUGGCAGUUCUGUGGUGCAGCACUCUGUAUCACAGGCCUGGGUUUAGUGCUUAUCUCUGAUGCUGGAGUGGGUAGUGGAGGCGGUUCAAAACCUCUACUGGGCGACCUACUUGUCAUUGGAGGGACAUUCUUCUUUGCAAUUAGCAAUGUUGGUGAGGAGUUUUGUGUUAAGAAGAAAGAUCGCGUUGAAGUAGUUUCAAUGAUUGGUCUUUUUGGAACACUUGUGAGUGUGUGCCAGAUAGCAAUUAUGGAGAGGAAGACUCUGGAAUCAGUACAAUGGUCUGCAGAAAUUAUUUUAACCUUCGCUGGCUAUGCGUUUGCAAGCUUUAUGUUUUACACUUUGGUUCCUUUCGUUCUACAGAUGAGCGGAGCGACAAUGUUCAACCUAUCUAUACUUACGUCGGACAUGUGGGCUGUCAUCAUUCGCAUAUUCUUCUAUCAUCAGCAGGUUGACUGGUUAUACUAUCUGUCAUUUGCGAUUGUUGUUGUUGGACUAGUUAUAUAUUCAAAAACUGAGAAGGAUCCCGUAUCUAUACCAGCUCUUGAGAAUAGGAAUGUGCCGUACCAAGUGCUUGGUGAAGAAGGUGUAGAAUCUAGAAACGAGACCAUAGCCUCGUGAUGCAAAAAAAAAAAGAAAUCAUGGUGGCCUAGGAUCAUUUUAUUUCCUCAUGCCGAAAAUACAACGAAAAUGUCAAUAUUCGUGCUCCUUAUAUUUCACCGGCUGUCUGAAUAUGCCGAUAGAUGGUUUUGAGGGCUGCGUUUCCGGGCCUUUUUAGAGGUUGCCACUGACGGUUGGAUCCAAGGGCAAUAAGAGAACAUUACUUCUGUAACAAGUACAGAAAAAUAAAAAAAACCUCCUCCACAUAGUUAAAGUAGGUAAUUCUCUUGUAUGUCUCCUUGUUUUGUUGUCCAUUUUUAUGUUUUAAGCAUAUUGGAAGUUUGGAACUAGUGAACAUCACAUAGUUACAGCUUAAGAGUUCUCUGCAAUUUUGAAGUUGUGCAA